AGUAGGAUGGCCAAAAUAUUAUUAUUGACAUUUCAGAACGGCGCAGUUUUUUUUUACUAAAAUUAGAGAUGUGUAAUACCAUUGUUCAUUGUCAACGAACAUAAUAUGUUUUUUUGACAAUGAAAACUCUGAUGACCAUUUCAUUUCCUCUCUGUGCUAUAUCCAAUGAUACAGACAAUGUUCGGGAUGAGGUUCGGAUGUGUCCUUCUCUUGGGGCUGUGUAUGACCUGGACAGGGGGCGUGUCAUGUGAGAGAUACUUCUAUUACGUCACGGAUCCCCGGACCUGGCCGGAAGCACAGAAAUACUGCCAGACCACUUUACGUGGAAACCUACUGGACUACAGCAAUACUUAUCUGUCCCACCUCAGUCAACACGUGCCGCGCGCGAGCCCGUUCUGGACAGGCUAUUAUUCCGGGGUGUCUGAAUGGAUAGCUAACCAAGGUUGUUUUCCCGCAGACACUGUGACGGACAGAAGUAAUAAGUCGGCUAUACUCCCGAUAUACAACGCAGCUUAUUGUCAGUCUAAAUGUAGGGACUACCAGUACUUUGCAUUAAAGAACAAUAGAUGUGACUGUUUGGAUACUUUCCCUCCACGAUCUGUUUCCGUGUCGGACGAUUUGUGUAGUACACAGUGUGUUAACUCGACUUCCCAGGAGCCCUGUGGAGGAUCACAAGUCUACAAUGUGUACGCAAAAUCGAUAUACCAGAACCAUUCCACAUCAACCUUACAAAGGUGUAUUUCCAUCUCGUGCGACCUACAGCCUCGUGUUCCAGAUGAAAGCCUUCAAUAUUUCGUUGAUACCUGCUCAGAACUACGCACUCCCCUUUGUAGAUACAACAGAACAGCUGACAAUCUCGUUGUCCUGAACCGACCAACCACGUGGGUGAACGCCGUUUCCAGCUGCCGAAACUAUAGCCACACGUAUCUUGCUUCGACCCUUAGAAAAGAUUGUAACUAUGGUUACAGUGAGUUGUCUCAGAAGAGAUUCUGGAUAGGUGUAUUCAGAGAGCAAUAUAAGGAAUUCAUAUCAGGGUCAUUGGAUGGGCUUGGCAGUGCCAUCUGGUGUCGCAGUGUCUACAUUCGUCAAGAUGAUGCCCUGUCUGGAUUUAAUGAACCAAACUGCUUGUCGAAAAAACCUUUCAUCUGUUAUUCAGAUGUCUUUUUUGGGAACAAGAACCCGUUCAGGCUAAACAUCAUAUCUACGACGCCUCCAACAACACCCACCACGACACCUACAACAACACCAACAACGACACCGACGACAACAACACCCACCACGACACCUACAACAACACCUACAACCACACCUACAACAACACCCACCACGACACCUACAACAACACCCACCACGACACCUACAACAACACCAACAACGACGCCUCCAACAACACCCACCACGACACCUACAACAACACCAACAACGACACCGACAACAACACCCACCACGACACCUACAACAACACCUACAACCACACCUACAACAACACCCACCACGACACCUACAACAACACCCACCACGACACCUACAACAACACCAACAACGACGCCUCCAACAACACCCACCACGACACCUACAACAACACCAACAACAACACCCACCACGACACCUACAACAACACCCACCACGACACCUACAACAACACCAACAACAACACCCACCACGACACCUACAACAACACCCACCACGACACCUACAACAACACCAACAACGACGCCUCAAACAACACCCACCACGACACCUACAACAACACCUACAACCACACCUACAACAACACCCACCACGACACCUACAACAACACCCACCACGACACCUACAAACACACCACCAACAACAACACCCACCACGACACCACAACAACACCCACCACGACACCUACAACAACACCUACAACCACACCUACAACAACACCCACCACGACACCGACAACAACACCCACCACGACACCUACAACAACACCAACAACAACACCAACAACGACGCCUCCAACAACACCCACCACGGCACCUACAACUACACCUACAACCACACCUACAACAACACCGACAACUACACCGACUACCACACCAACAACCACGCCGACUACCACACCUACAACUACACCGACAACAACACCAACAACCACACCUACAACCACACCAACAACCACACAGAUAA